AUGCCUCCUACGCAAGAUCAAACGCACCUUUUAGCUGUAUUGGAAGAUACUGCCACAUUAUUUCGUAAAACCCAAGUGAAUUUAAAAAAAUGUCCCAAGUCUCGACUAACCAAAGGUUACAUUGAAGCGCGCAUACAAAUACUUGAAGAUUAUUGGACGACGUUUAAGAGCGCGCAUCACGACUUAGCUAAAAUUACUCCAAAGGAACAAAAGGGAUCCUUGCCGUAUUUUUUAAAUGAAGAAUUCUUUAUUUAUGAAGACCUUUACAACAUUCUGCAGGGUGACUUAAGGGACAUGUUAUCAACAUUAAAUGAAAUCGAGAAUGAAUCAAGGGCGUCAAAUAUGUCAACGUCGACGGGCAAUAUAGGUGGCGGCAAGCAAAAUGUACAUCUACCGAAAAUCUCAUUACCGGUCUUCGGGGGCAAUUAUGAAGAAUUCCCGUCUUAUAAGGAUUUGUUUUUGUCGUUGGUGCAUCAUAACGACUCCCUCAGUGAUGUGCAAAAACUUCACUAUUUAAAAACAACCGUCACUGGGGAAGCUGCAAUGCUACUAAAAAACAUCCAGAAAUUGGACCCGGAGACGCACAAGCAGUGGGAAGACUUCGCGCACAAAGAUAAUAUAGACGAGUUACCUACAUGGAAAGAUUUGGAAAAAUUUUUACAAAAUAAAUUUAGAACAUUGGAAUUAGUAGCGCCAACAACAAGCAAGGUCACAAAAGAAAAGGUGCAAGUGAACACUAAGGUAACUGAUAACAGAGAGCACGCAAGUACUGCUUUGCUAGCUACAGCGACAGUUAAAAUCAUGGACGACAAUGGCCAUUAUACAAUCGUAAGAGCACUCGUAGAUACAGGUUCUCAAGCAAGUUUUGUGAGUGAACGAGCCAUCCAAUUGCUGAAAUUAAAAAGAACAAAAGUUAAUGGAACUAUAACAGGUAUUGGCUCAACACACACAAAUGUGAAACAAAGUACACAAGUAAACGUCUUAUCCACACAUGAUGAAGGAUUUAAAAUUAACAUUAAGACGUAUAUAAUACCCACUCAUCUCAUCACAAGGUUGCCAACUAAGACAAUAACGAACAACACCUGGCCGCACAUACAAGGUCUCGUCCUGGCAGACCCAAGUUUUACACAACCGGGACGAGUAGACAUGUUGCUAGGUGUCGAUGUGUGUGCCCAAAUUAUGAAGAGUGAAAUAAUCAAGGGUCCCCCAGGUACUCCAUGCGCUCAAAAUACCAGUCUGGGUUGGAUUCUAUUUGGGACAGUACACGACAAGAUACAAGAAGAUGAGAUUAUAAGCAUGCACCUGAAUCUGGAUCUGGAUGAUAUGCUAAAGAACAUGUGGGAACAAGAAAGAAAUGAAACAAGAUUACCCACGCCUGAAGAAAGAAAAUGUGAAGAAAUAUAUAACACUACAACCACCAGAACAGAAGAAGGAAGAUAUAUCGUAAAACUGCCAACAAAAACAGAAAAACUAAAAUGUGUCGAAGGAAACACAAGAGAUAUAGCUCUGAAAAGAUUAUAUCAAUUAGAAAAACGCUUAGAGAAAGAUGAGAAAUUGAAGAAAGAAUACAUAGAAAUAAUGGAAGAAUACAAAACUUUGAAUCAUAUGGAAGAGGUACCAAAGGAAGAAAUGAAAGUUCCUGCUGUGUACCUACCUCACCACGCUGUUAUUAAAUAUGAAAAAGAAACGAGCAAAGUGAGGCCAGUAUUCAACGCAUCGCAAAAGGGAUCUAACAAAGUGUCUCUAAAUGACGAAUUACUUGUAGGCCCUCAACUACAAGAUGACAUGAGGAGCUUAAUAUUGAGAUGGCGUAUGAAAAGAGUAUGUUUUGUGGCUGAUAUACAAAAAAUGUACCGCCAGAUUCUGGUAACCAAAGAAGACAGCAAUCUACAAAGAAUUCUAUGGCGUAGUAACCAAGACGAACCUGUAAAAGAUUAUAGACUAGGAAGAGUCACGUUUGGAACAGCUUCGGCACCAUAUCUAGCCGUCCGCACGCUACAUCAGGUUGCCACAGAUGAAGGCUAUGAACAUACCGAUGCAGCACAAGUUAUAAAACAAGACUUUUACAUGGAUGACUUAAUGUCUGGGAAGGAUAACUUACAAGAAGCCAUCAAAAUUGCAAAGGAUAUAGAUUCCAUAUUGCGAAGAGGAGGAUUUAUUAUACAAAAAUGGUGUUCGAAUAAUGCAGAAUUCCUGAAACAAUUUGAGCUAAGCCAAAGAAGCACUAAAGUAAAUCUAGAAAUACACAUAGAUGGUAGUAUAAGAGCUUUAGGAUUGAAUUGGAAUAUUGGAACGGACAAAUUCCAAUACAACCUGAACUUACCUGCGUUAACUGAUCGCAUAACGAAAAGAACAAUCCUGUCUGAUAUUCAAAGGUUGUUUGAUCCGCUGGGCUGGUUAGCACCGUCAAUAUUACCGGCGAAGCUGCUUAUUCAAAAAUUGUGGUUGCAAGGUAUGGCCUGGGAUGAGAAUGUUACUGAAGAAAUAGCUCAGGAAUGGAUGGAUUUAAGAAACAGUUUUCUCAACUUACCAGGUAUAGAAAUAGACAGAUGGCUUCAAACAUCUGAAUCCUUAAUGAAAAAUGUCUCAGUUCAUGGUUUUUGUGAUGCAUCCAAUCGAGCCUAUGGUGCAGUAGCCUACAUGAGAGUAAUCACCGUAGAAGGAAAAGUAACAAUUACAAUCAUAGCAGCUAAAUCAAGAGUAGCAUCAACAAAAGCUAAAUCCUUACCUCGUCUUGAACUGAAUGGUGCUGUCCUGCUUGCUGGUCUUUUAAAGCAAAUAAAAGAAGCCAUGAAAAUACCAACCUCUCAGAUAUAUGCAUGGACAGAUUCCACUAUAGUACUGUCCUGGCUUUUUGGAGAUCCUGCAAGAUGGAACAUUUAUGUAAGAAAUCGAGUAGUUGAGAUUCUAGAAGACAUUGGGAAUCACAAUUGGUAUCACGUACAAUCUCAAGACAACCCUGCUGAUUUAGCCUCAAGAGGUAUGCCCUUGACAAGCCUGAAAGAAAAUAAACUGUGGUGGAAUGGCCCUGAAUGGUUACAUAAAAAAGAGAUCGAAUACAGUAGGCCAAAGAACAUAAGUACAAACCUGGAAAGGAAAGAAGUUAUAGAAGUCAACUCGAAAAUUGAAAAUGGAAAAGCAAGUUUAAUAAGCAAAAUUGAAAAUUGUGAUGAUUUGACAGAGCUACUAAAGGUUAUUACAUACAGUAAAAGGUUUUUAAAGGGAAAGAAAUUACAGGAUAAGGAUACAGUAAUUACUACAAGCGAAUUAAAUGAUGCUUUAAAAACAUGCAUUAAGCUAACACAGCAACAAAGCUUUAAGGAAGAUAUUCACAAUAUUAAAACUAAAGGAGAAGUACAAGCUAAAAGCAGUUUAAAAAGUUUAAAUCCUUACCUUGACGGUGAUGAUGUCCUCAGGGUGGGCGGUAGACUGCGGCACGCUUCUGUGAAUGAAGAUACGAGAAAUCCUGUAAUAUUAAGUCAUGAUACUUACCUAGCCAAGCUCCUUGUCGAUGAUGCACAUUUGAAAACGCUGCAUGGUGGACCACAACAGAUGUUGGGAUACUUACGGCUGAAGUACUGGAUCCUGAAAUCAAAAAAUUUAGUCAAAUUAAAAUUUAGAAAAUGUUUGAUAUGUGCUAAGCAAAAGGCUGCAGUGAAGUCACAGCUUAUGGGAGACUUACCUCGUGAAAGAGUAACUCCAACCAGACCAUUUUUGAACAGUUCGACGGAUUUCGCUGGCCCCUAUCAAGUCCUCUCUUCUAAAGGCAGAGGAAUGAGAACGACGAAAGCGUACGUCUGCAUCUUCGUAUGUAUGUCUACCAAGGCCAUUCAUCUUGAACUCGUAGGUGAUAUGACAUCAGAGUCAUUUAUAGGAGCAAUGAAAAGAUUUACGGCACGUCGCGGAAAAUGCGCUCAUAUGUGGAGUGACCAGGGCCGGACGUUUAUUGGAGCUAAUAAGGAACUUGCAGCAGCUUGGGCAGAAGCAAAGUUGGAAUUUGAUGGUCAGAUAGCAGAAUCUCUUGCCCUCGAUGGCACUCAAUGGCACUUUAUACCAGCAUACAGCCCUCACAUGGGAGGAUUAUGGGAGGCUGGUGUUAAAUCCAUGAAAUACCACCUGAAAAGGAUAAUGCAAUCCAACUUAACCUAUGAAGAAAUGUCCACCCUGCUCUGCCAAAUUGAAGCAUGUCUGAACUCGCGGCCUCUGUGCCCAAUAGAGGACGAUGAUGACGCACCUCUUCUCACGCCAGCUCACUUCUUAGUUGGUGAGUCACUUAAUACCAUCCCAAGUCCUAAUCUGGAAAAUAUUUCGAUGACUUAUCUAUCGAGAUGGCAGCGCCUACAAAAAUUAUUGCAAGACUUUUGGCACCGAUGGCAAUCUGAAUAUCUUAAUAGACUUCAACAACGUCAUAAAUGGUGUAAAAGGACAAGAGAGUUAGAUAUCGGUCAGAUCGUCACUAUCAAGAGUGACAACCUGCCACCAGGCAAAUGGAUGCUAGGUCGCAUAACUGGGAAGCACCCCGGUAAUGAUGGAGUCACUCGAGUAUACAGCGUCAAAAGUGGUGACAAUAUCACUAAACGUUCUUCCAAUAAAUUAUGUCUUUUGCCCAUAUAUAUUGAUUAA